AAUCGAUCGACGUCUCCCUUUCCACUCACGUCCACUAUGACUUCCCUCGUUCCAGGCUACAGUCAAGUUUCACAAUUUGUUGAAGACGCCGAGUAUGAGACCAACGAAGAUGGCACCGUACAUGAAGAGGUCUCCUAUGUCACUCUGGAUCUGGGAGCGGUCGAACCGAGGUUGGUCCCCAGUUCGUCAGAAUAUCGUCUCAUUGGACUAGACACGCCAACGCCAUACGUCCAACUCUCUGGUUCCAUAUUCAAGGGUUCACACGAGACCCUUCUUGGAACCGAGAUUCUCUUCACCGAGCAGAAAGACGAUCACACUGCAAAAAAAUCCCUCGCAUACCUGACUACCACCGAACAACGCGUCCGCUUCAAAGAAGUCGAGUUGAAACCCAAACACCCAGAGCGUCCCCAGCCAUCUCAGAAUGACGACACUCGAGUGAGCGUAAAUGUACUCGAUUCAAUCCCUCCAGUAUUCGCUGCUACCGCAAGCCCAAGAACGGGCGGUCGAAGAGGUAGACCGAGAGGACGAGGGCGAGCUAAUGGCAGAAGUAAGGGGAAAGAAAGAGCGUCGGAGGAAGACUUUGAGGGCGCAUUGGAAGGUGUUCUUGGGCAGGCUGGUGCAUCGACCUCAACAUUGUUGACGAUGGACGAUCUUGCGAUGGAUAGCGAAGUGCCCGAGGUGCAGGAGUCGACGUCGCAGACUUCGCAAGUUGCAACGUCUGUAUGGGGCCACCAGGUUCCUCAGAAUGAAGAUCAAGAUAUGAACAUUGAUCCUGCUCUCAGAUGAUCUCUGAGUGGGCUACACUCAAGUACCUGAACAAGACUGUCAGGUCGCAUGUUGUACGGGUUCGUACUUGGCGGUUUACAUAGGUGCUCUCCUUGCAUAUACGCCGUCAUCAAACACACCUCGCAGACGAGGACAUCCCAACGCCUUUUUGCACUUCCACGUGAGGUCCAACUACAGAUACAACUCUCGUCGUACGUAGGAUCAUUCCUUGUGACGUUUACAAAUUCCUCUGUGCAGACGGCUCGUCGAAUCGUGGGAGUGGCAAUACACUAUUCCCGGUUCAUUCGCAUUGCAUUGUACACUAGGUUGCGCAUCCAUAGAAGACAGCUUCCUCAUUCAAGGUCUAGUACCCGAAGCUUA